CACUUUUAAUCCCUGGAGAGCAUUUUCUUGGAGACUAAAACCGAAAGUCUUUCGGGUUUUAAUGACGACGAUUGAGACUCUGCGGUCGAUUUCGUGAAUGCGAACACUAACGUACGACAUGGCAGCAGCGCCAGGGCGUACUGCCCACCAACCUACCGCUAGGGAACUCGUGGAAGGAAUUGCCGAGGAGCAUGGCAUCAUUUCUGAGAGCGACUUGACGGAAAUUGGAGCAAUGAACCAACGCAUUCGGUCAGUCGUAGAAAAGGCUCUAUUACAGAAAGAUGAACUGAUCGGUUCCUCGAUUUUGACCUUGGCGAAGAACCUCAACACCAGUCAUGCCCGCUUUGUCUUCGAACUUCUCCAGAAUGCCGAUGACAAUAAGUUCGUUGCAGCAAAGUGUCGCGGUGUUGAGCCUUAUGUAAAGUUCAGCGUGUACCGAGACCGAAUCGAAAUUAAGUGCAACGAGGAUGGAUUCACCCAUCAUGAUCUCAAAGCCAUCUGUGCAAUUGGGCAGAGCUCAAAGAAUCGCAGUCAUGGUUACAUCGGAGAAAAAGGUAUCGGCUUCAAAUCCGUCUUCGUGGCCGCGUACAAAGUCAACAUCCUCUCGAAAGACUUUUCCUUCAGCUUCACCCAUCGGAAGGGCGACAGCGGAUUGGGGAUGGUAACCCCUAUCUGGGAGCCAGACUUCAUUCCGCAAAAUGAACUAGCCCCAAGUUCCAUCACACUUCAUCUUCAUCAGUACGAUGACGCGUCCCUCUCAGAGGCGAAGCGGCAGAGAGAGGAAAUUAACAGAGAGUUCGAAAACCUUCCAAUCACAGUUUUGCUUUUUCUAAGAAAUCUACGACGCAUCGAAAUCCAGUUUCACGACGACGAUGACAAGAAAACAAAACGAGUGGAGUAUUCCUUCUCAACCUCAAGUCCGAGCACUCUCAUAGACAUAGUAUGGCUAUUCGACCAGGAGUCUUCUUCCGGAGAGACUUUUCAGAGAAAGCAUCAUGUCGCAAGACAAGUGAUUCGAGAUGUUCCCCCGAACGAGAACCGGGAGUUUUCCGAAGGCCAUGGUCGUGCGGAUGCUGAGACUGAAAUUAUCUUGGUCUUCCCCCUUGCUGAUGACCACACUCCAAUUGUUGAGAAUCAGCCAGUUUUCGCGUUCCUGCCAAUGAUGCCCUUGGGCUUCAAGUUCAUCAUCCAAGCUGAUUUCGUCACCAACUCGUCUCGCGAGGGAAUCGUGAUUUCGUCUGCACGUAACUUGGCAAUCAGAGAUGGCAUCGCGACGUGUUUCAUCAAAGCCGUGGAUGAGAUGUGCCAACAUCCCACACUGCAAUUCCAAUGGAUGAGGUGGCUUCCACAGAGACAUUCAUACCCUUGGGAUAACUUCUGGAACGGCUUGCUUGAGGACAUUAAGAACCGUAUCAAGACGAGUAAGACUCUUCGCACAAGGAGGAGCGGCCGCCUGGGCGACAUCCACUCAUUACGUCGGCUACAGUCCAAUUGGCUCGACGAAAUUGGGUCUCCAUUAUUUGACGACCUCGAUACUGAGAUGUAUGUUGCCGAAGAAUACCAGGUCAAGGAUUUAAGCUUGCUAGAGCCGUACGGUCUGAAAUGGCUGUCUGCAGACGACAGACUAGCUCGGAUUGAACAUGACCUUGGCCAACCGAUCGAUACGUCAAGAAUGAAGAAUUCAUCCACCAGUCCUCAAUGGCAUUCACAAGCUGCCGGUAUGAUUCAGAGACUCGUGGCUACGGCGUCCCCGCAAAGCUUGGCGAGGAUUCGGACUUUGGACAUCAUACCUCUGAGAGAUGGCAGUUGGACCUCGAUUAAUCGCAACAGGCGACCCAUUUACUUCCCCUACAGCGGGAAUGGUCUCGAAAUCCCCACAAACCUUCCUUUGUCUCUCCUCUUUGAACUGCUUGGUGUUCAAACAGCAACGGUUGAAGAGAUUCAACAACUAAUAUUUGAAGCUCCAAUUCCGAACCUGAAGACCGACGCAACUCUGCUGGCAUCUGUCAGCAAUUUGAAGUUUUUAUAUUCCUCUCAUCACGACACUUCUCAUUGCGGAGAGAGCUCAACCGCAAUCGCCAAUCUCUUUGUCUUUGAUCACACAAUGGAGGUUCAACUACCUCAUCGUCAAGAUGUUUACCUUGCAACAAACGGUCCCUACGAGCCUCGCAGUCUUUUGCAGCCUAGAGCAAAUCAUCCAGACGGGUGCUUUGUGUCAUUUCUACACAAUCAGUAUUUUGAAUGUCCUCCAGAGACACCGGCGGGGUUGGAGCAGACAUGGUCUGAGUGGCUUGAGCGUGUCCUGCGAGUACGCCGUCGUUUGAGACUAACCUCUUCUACGUCUCCGGAAAGUCUUUCUCCCGAGCUCGACUACGUCCGCAUUUUUCGUCCCGAGUGCUUCAUCGAAGCGCUGCAAUACCAUUGGAUACUGCUGAAUCAUGAUGACUCGAGUACCCCAAAGUUCCUUUGCAACCUUCGAGCCCUCAACAUCACCUGCAAGGACGGCAGGGACUACCCACUAGCAGAGACAACUUUGCCACUGUUAGAGCUUCAGGCUAUUGUUUCUUCAUACCUUGGAGAUUUGACAAUUAGCUUCCUCCAAAUCGAUGAAGCCGCUCAUUCUGCUUCAUUUCAUUCAAAAUGGGGCUUCUUAGUGAACAAGCUUGGCGUCCGAUCUCGAGAUGACGUGAACUUGUAUUUGUCGAUUCUUGAAAAGAUCACUGAAGGUCAGCCACAACAAGAAAGCUACAGCAAGAUUCUGUGUCUCUAUGAAAUGAUACAACUUCGGCUUGAGGAGUCUGCAUCCAAAGAUCAAGUCGCCAUUAUUGUGAAAUCCACUGCAGCUGAGGACGGCACACUGACCUGGAGAAGGCCAGAUACCUGUGUCUGGGCAGCCCCAGGUGUCCCGUAUGCUUACACUGCUCUUGAGGGACAAAUCAUGAGUGGUUGCUCCGAAGAUUUAGCGCAUUCUCUGGAAAGGUUUAUGAAGGUGACCCUGGGCAUAGGAGAUUGGGAUGGAAGCUGCUGCAUACGGGAGCUCGAGCACAUGAGGAGUGUAGGCUGCAAUGAUUUCGACUGGGUUGUGGAAAUUUACGACUUUCUUCACAACUGUGAUAUGUCGCAAACUCGUUUCCAACGAAACGUGCCUGACGCUCUCAAUUCUAGGGCCCUUUUCAGUACAACCCCUCUCAUAUUCGUUCCGGGUGGCGAGACUUCCGGGUGGUGCACAACAGCCCAGUGCCUAUGGUCAAGCGGGGCUAGAAUUCAGGGACGAACGACUCUCAGCUCCAUCUACGAAGACAUGGAGGAGUUCUUCGUCGAAACACUCGGAGUACAAAGACUAACUCUUGCGAUGGCGUGCGAUGAGCUUCUGAAAAAGGGAAACAAGCAACCAAUUGCCACCAUCGCCGAAAUUAAAGAGACAAUAUGGGCGGUCAACACACUUGUUCAGAGUGCAACGUCGUACCCUGACCCAGAGCAGUUACUGGAAAGUGCCGUAUUUCCCGUCCAAUACCCAAAUGGGCAGGUUCGUCUCGAGACUUCUCGCACACAGUUCGUUAUCAGGGACCGCAAACCCUUAUCCGAGAUGUUUACUUCUAAAGUCAAGUUUCUGGACUUUUCUCUCGAUGAGAUUCAUAAGCUCAGCAACCUUCUCUCUUGGCUGAGGUUGGACUCCCGAUACCUCUCCUCUUCCGUCAAGGAAAUCUCCACUGUUACAAGCGACUUGCAGGUUAGAGUACAACGUCCGGAUCGAGAUAUCAAGAGGAGAGCAAGUGGGAUCUGCAGGGUUGCAUCUCAUUUCGACAGUCCUCGUGUGGACGAUGUCGUUGGUCUAUACCACACACUCCGUGCCGCCGAAGUAUUCGAAACGCAUGGAAUCUCAUCCGAGGUUCACCUUGUCCAGGAUGGCAAAGCACACAUCCACGUCAAGCCAUCAAGUGAGCUUCACAUCCGAGAGACGGCCGGUCGACUACAGAUAUACGUCCCCCUGAACAAAGAGAGACAGGAUUUCUGUUAUCACUCGAGUCUUCCAAGGCGUCUCCUGGAGUGGGUGAUGACAGAACCGGAGACACAACUUUGCGGUGCGAUACCACAUCGAGCCAUCAGUGCGAUGAGCUCAGCUCUCAACGCACCAAUUCAAAGCGUGUCUCACAUUCUAGAAGCAGAAGGGAUAAUUGACUUGGGUGGUAGAACUGAGGUUGAACAAGGCCAGGAGUUCCCAAGAAUUCCUGACGUCUCGCCGCCACCUGCGGAAGACCCUCAACAGGACGGUUUCGCGGUUGAGAUGCCCAUUAGACCCUUCUCUUUGACGGGCCCACGUUCUGUUUCCGGGUUUGCUGCUACUCAUCCUAUGUUUACGCAGCAGUCAAGCACUCCCGCUUCACCUGACAACAAUAGAAGUUAUCGCUUGCAGCCGAAUUCACCUGUUGGUGUAGCCGCCAUAACCCCACCAUCACAUAUCUUUCAUUUUGGGCAAACGUCCACGGCACCCGCUGCUACGACCUCGCCAAGAUAUGAUGCGUUCAGCACGGAGUAUCUGAGAAUACUCAACAAUGUCAUCUUUGCUGCGCGGCGAAGAUCGUUUCCUGAAUUUGGUUCCACAAGAACAGGACAGUCAGCAGAAUGUGCCUCGACCCCUACUUCCAAUCCAUGGAUACCUCCAGGAAGUGACAAGAAGAUUGGCGCCGCCGGCGAGCUCUUUGUUUAUGAACUGCUCUCGCAUCUCAGUCCCUCACUCCCCGAAUUUGGCAUGGACGCUUGGCAAAGUACGAUGCGAAAACAUGUGGCAGUCCAUCCCGAGUAUUCCUACGUGACUCAUUGGGAAGGCCAAGAGACUGCCGACAUUGUCUACAAUGACAAGUUUGGAGUUUUAACUAAAAUUCUUAUCGAAAGAGGGUAUUUGGAGCCAACCAAGUGGGUCGACAAGAAACCGCAAUACUUCAUCGAAGUCAAGACCACGCCCGGAGAUGCUGCAAGGCCGUUCUUUGUGAGCAAGUAUCAGUAUAAUAGGAUGAGGUCUUACACAGAUGCGUCAACGUCCCCGGGAGGAUCUUACACAGUUUACAUGCUACUUCGAGUCUUCAACCUUACUACCUUGGACAUUGACUUCAAUGUCUACGUGGACCCGUACGCACUACAGCAGAAGGGAACACUGGUAUUCACGGAACAUACUUGGCAGGUGGUCCCGGUUCAAGGCAAUAGAGCUGCUUGA